UUCAAAUCUAUCCUAAAUAAAAUGAGAUACAUAAAGAAUACUCAAAAAUUUCACAAAAAAAAAUAAAAAAGUAUUUCAAUCGGCAUACUUCGAAAACAUAAAACAUUAAGAAUUGUUCUUGUAUUUUUUUCUCACUCAAAAUUUCGGAAAAUAUUUUUCAAUAUUUGGCCUGAUAGAUAUACUUACAUAUGUACAUAUGUAUGUACAUAUAUGGCAUUAAUUCGUCGCAUAUCCACUGCAUAUGAACAUUUUUUUUGGAUUUGUCAACCACGGCUGAUAGGAAUUUUUGUUAUGUCAAGUGUCAAACAAACUGAUUUUCAUUCCGUGCUGUACAUGUUUUUUAAUUUCAUUUAGAUAUAUGUAUAUCUGAAACUAUAAGAUUAUUUACACGUUAAUAUUUUGUAUAUCAUCUAUAAUUUGAUGUAUAAAUUUCAUUCUUAUAAAAUUCGAUAGUGCAAAUUUCAAAUUAUGGAGACGAUAUUGGAACAACAGCGAGGUUACCACGAAGAAAGAGAGCGUCUUAUAAAAUUAAUGGUAGAUGAAUAUGCCUCCAAAAAGCUAAGUGAUAAAGACAAAAUAUAUUCUGAACAUCGGCUAAAAUACUUGCUUGACCUUCAUCAUAAUGCAACAACAAAGCUGAAAGAGCUUUAUGAAGAUAAGGAUAAUGAACGAAAAGCAGAAGUUCAAGCGUUAUCAGGUCCAAAUGAAUUUUCUGAAUUUUACUCUCGUUUAAAGCAAAUAAAGGAAUUUUAUAAAAAGCAUCCUAAUGAAAUAAGCGUUCCUUUGUCAGUCGAAUUCGAAGAACUGACAAAAGCUUAUCAAAAUCCGGAAGAGAUGAAUGCGCUUGUUGAUUUUACAGAUGAGGAGGGCUAUGGCCGAUAUCUUGAUUUAAAUGAAUGUUAUGAGAACUAUUUGAACAUCCGAAGUAUUGAAAAAGUGGAUUAUAUCACAUAUUUAAUGACUUUUGAUCAUGUAUUUGAUAUUCCAAAAGAAAGAAAAAAUAUGGACUAUAAGAAGUAUUUAGAACGUUUAAACAAUUAUCUUUAUAAUUACAUUUUGCGUAUUAAGCCGUUGUUAGAUGUGGAUGCUGAACUUGAAAAAGUUGAUAAAGAAUUUCAAAGACAGUGGCAAGCGGGAACUUUUCCAGGCUGGCCAAAAGAGGCCGAGUCAGCUUUAGCCAAUACCGGAGCUCAUUUAGACUUGUCAGCUUUUUCAAGUUGGGAAGAACUAGCUUCAUUAGGACUCGAUCGUUUGAAAUCCGCAUUAAUGGCACUUGGUUUAAAAUGCGGCGGUACUCUUGAAGAGAGGGCCCAGCGUCUCUUUUCAACGAAAGGAAAAAAGUCUUUAGACCCAUCUUUGAUGGCAAAAAAAACCGGGGGUAAAUCUAAUACAAGGGAGUUGAACAGACAAAAAGAAAUAGCUUCAAUGGAAGCAAAGUUAUAUAAAUACGCCGAACUAGUUUCAGAACAAAGGAGUGCCACGAAGGAAAACGUGCAAAGAAAACAAGCAAGAACAGGAGGAGAGAGAGAUGACAGUGAUGCUGAAGCAAGUGAAAGUGAUCCUGGGGAAGAUGACACUGAUGAUGUUCCCUACAAUCCUAAAAAUUUACCUCUUGGGUGGGAUGGAAAACCAAUUCCUUAUUGGUUAUAUAAACUCCAUGGCCUAAAUAUAAGUUAUAAUUGUGAAAUAUGUGGUAAUUUUACAUACAAGGGUCCAAAAGCCUUUCAAAGACAUUUUGCUGAAUGGAGACAUGCUCAUGGAAUGCGUUGUCUUGGUAUUCCAAACACUGCUCACUUCGCAAAUGUAACUCAAAUUGAAGACGCUAUAACACUAUGGGAGAAGCUUAAAGCUCAAAAACAAGCAGAACGUUGGAUUCCAGAUCAGGAGGAAGAGUUUGAAGAUACACAAGGAAACGUUGUCACAAGAAAAACUUAUGAAGAUUUGAAAAGACAGGGAUUGUUGUAGAUGGCAACCCAGAAUUAUUAAAAACAAUUAUGUAUUUUGAUAACUGUUUACAGAAUAUAAUGCUUAUAGCACAUUGAAAAAUAUACAUUUGUGAGCGAUGAUAAAAUUUUCGUAAUGCAAUUUUAAGAAAAUACAUUCGUUCUCCCAUAAAAUUCGUCCAGAACAAAAAAAACAUGAUAAUAUUUCUUCUGGGCCCUCUUAGAGUUAUGAAGCUGCAAAGCUAGCAUUUCUGAAAACCGUUCAACUCUUACAUUUUUUUUUAUAACUCAGGGAAUAUGAAAUGCAAAGUCAAAUUGAUGCUCAUUUCAAAGCUUAUGAAUUUUGUUUGUAAUUACACUUAGUCAACAUAAUAUAGUUUUUUUACUUGGAAUUGAUGUCCGGUACUUUGACUCCCAUUUUAAUGGAAAUAAAAUUCCUAUCAUGAAUUUCGUUCGUAGUUCUGAAAUUCGGAAAAUUACGAAUCUGCUCUAAAUAUUUGGAACGCAGUAUUAAAUUAAACUAAAU